AUGGCUACCCCUAGUAUCCUCGCUUUUGACGCUGAGGGUUGGGCCAUUGACUUUGACGUCUGGGUAGAUGACCUACAGCUUUUCCUACAGUGCGAUAGGGCAGACGGUCUCUCCCUCUUUGACCUCACCUUUGGUGCCUCUCCUGCCCCUGGUGCUUAUGCUAACGCCACUGUUCGCUCACAGUGGGCCACACGCGAUGCUACUGCACUUGCACGCUACUCCUCCCCUGCCACUGCUGCACUGAGCCGCCUCAUGCUACCAUACCUCUUCCCUAACCUUGCUGCCUUUCCCACAGUCGCUGACCUCAUUACGCACCUCUGCACUAGUGACACUCGCUACUGCGCUGUGCUUCCUGCUGAGUUCUACGCCAAGAACCCCCCCCCCAUGUACAUCACUCUCUACUACAUCGUCACCCGCCUCCCUGACUCCCUUCGCGUAGUCAGGGACCACUUCCUCUCUGUUUGCCCCACCACUCUCACCGUUGACCUCCUCGAGAAGGCCCUCCUAGCAGCGGAGAAGAGCAUAGUCGCUGUAGGAGCCUCUCGUGGUGACCCUCGCACCCCCAUCUUUGAGGGGUGUUCCCCCUCCCCCCUUUUGCCCUCUGUUGCCUCUGCUGCUGCGGCCGACCUCGUUGGGCUUGAGUCGGUCGGUGCGACGUCUACCCCUAGCGGGAGACGCCGCCAUGGCAAGGGCAAGGGGGGCAGGGGCGCUGGAUGCGGAGAUAACUGCUGCAACGGGAGCUAG